AUGGACGGAGUGCCUGGUGUCACUCAGUUCCCAAUUCCAGCGAAUGGAAACUUCACGUACCGGUUCUCCACGGGGUCAGAGUACGGCUUCUUCUGGUACCAUUCCCAUUUCCGAGCAUACUACAAUGACGCGGUGCGGGGCUCCCUCGUUAUUCAUCCUUCGCCUUCGCGCCGGCGCCCUUUCGAACCUAUCGCUCGGAACAGAACAGAACUCGACGCGAUGAUUCAAGCCGAGCGAGAUGCGACACCCGUCCUUUUGACCGACUGGUACCAUAGGUCCUCAGAUGUCAUCUACGACGAGUACUUCAACACUGGCGCAUUUCCCCAGUGCGUGGACAGCCUCCUAGCCAAUGGACAGGGAAGAGUCCAAUGCUUGCCCGAAAACGUCUUGCAAGCCGGCCCGGGACUGGGAGUACAAUCCUAUGUCGCAAACGACCCACAUGAUCCUGAAUCUAUGGUAAUGUCGAUGCCCACGUCGUCUCAGAGCAUGUCAUCGAUGUCAAGGUCAGAGACCUUAGACAGUGACAUAUCAGAUCACCUUGCCAUGACAAUGACGGAAAUGCCAACCUCUGAGACGAAUAUAUCAAUCUCUGGGACUGGAACGUCUAGCUCACCCAUGUUUAGCACGUCUGGCAUGUCCGACAUGUUCACACUUGGCCCAAAAGGUUGCAGUAUGCCAAUGAUGUUUAAGCCAGGUUUCAACACUAGCUCUCUCCCGCCAGAAACAUGUAGUAACACUACGUCUGAUGUUUUUAUCUUUGAAGUUGACCCCUCUCGUGGAUGGGCUGCUCUUCACGUGGUCAAUGCAGCGGCGGUCAGUCGGAUGAGCGUCUCACUUGAUGGUCAUUCGAUGAUAGUAUACGCUGCUGACGGAUUAUAUGUGGAGCCACAGGAAGUAAGGGUUUUACAUAUGUCAAUCGGCCAGCGGUACUCUGUGAUGGUCAGACUUGACCAGGAGCCGAGAACGUAUUCCCUCCGUUUCGCUUCAUAUCCCUAUGGCGAUAUGCAGCAGAUUAUUGAAGGUCAGGCAAUGAUGGCGUAUCAGAACAACGGCACCAUGACGACUUCUGAGAUGGCUAUGGUCCAGGAUCCCCACUUGACUUGGAUGCUGGUGAAUGGCUCUGCAAAGUUAAACGCUCCGGAAUUGGACGACCAGAAGCUUGCGCCUUUCGAAGGUAUCUCGCCGCCCAAUGGACCGUCUAACGUCACACAACUGUUUGCGAUCAAUCAAUCUGGGAUUGUGACCUGGGCGAUCAACGACCAUCCAUACUCGGAGCCGUCAAGGCCGGUUAUUUACGGGAAUGCUUCUGAUGGCUGGGAAUCAGCCACCACUUUACACAUGCCUGGUAAUGCCACCAUUGACCUUAUCAUGCAUGUUGCGAACGAUUCAAUGGAUUCAAUGGGCCAUCCCAUGCAUCUCCACGGCCAUAAAUUCUGGUUCCUUGGAGCGGGCGAGGGCAUGUUCCCUUACGAUUCUGUUGAUGCUGCACCUUCGUCGAUGAUCAAUUUAGAGAACCCACCAUAUCGCGAUACCAUAGACUUGCCAGCGUCUGGAUGGGCGGUCAUCAGAUACGUCACAGACAAUCCAGGAGCUUGGUUGUUCCACUGUCAUGUGCAGUGGCAUUUAUUGAGUGGUAUGGCCGUGGUCUUGGUGGAGGAUGAAGAGCAAAUGCUCGGUAUUGUUGGACCUAUUGAAAACGCCGUGAACAACCCAGCAAUGCCCGGCAUGCCGAACAGAAGUGCUUCUUUGACGUUCGCCGGAACAACGCCGAUGUUCUUGUUUUUCGUCGCUCUAUGCACCACUCUGAUGGGUCUCCCGCUUUUCUAG